AGAAGCUCUGCACAAGAUUCCCGCAUUAACGCUCACUCGAUUAGGCCUAACUACCUACCAAUUGGCCUGGAGCCUCUUCCCCCUCAAGAUGGCACCCGCGCGCCUUAUCCGACCGCCGACCUGUCUCGACUGCCUGCGCCGUCUCGUCCACCCCGCCCCGGCAUCGCCCCCCUCGUUUCUAUCUCUGCAGACUCGAGGCGCCAAGUCGUCGACGAAGGCCGAGGAGGAAGAUUUGCAGGGUAUUCCCGUGCGUCUGCUACAGGACAUCCAAGGGUUCGGUCGGAGAGAUGCCAUCAUCCGAGUCAAACCCGGCCGCAUGCGCAACUACUGGUUUCCCAAGGCGCAGGCCGAGUACAUGACGCCCCGGCGCUUCAAGGAGCUCGGCCUAACUGAGGCUGCCAUUGGUGUGCGCGACCGGUCCUUCGGCACCAAGCUCCUCGUCGAAUCUGAAGCUGUGCCCGCUGAGGAGGGGCCCAAAGAGACCAGGAAGAGCAAGAAGGAUACCUUGACGCUACCGCCCAAGGAGACCCUCACCCUCCUCGAAUCCCUCCUCCCUCCCACCCUAACCUUCGCCCGCAAGCCCAUCCACACCGUCUCCGCGCCUCUAUCUAGCGAACCCAAACCUACCCCCAUUCCUCGAUCGCCAUCUCUCGCCGCCAACGCCGCAGCAUCUACAAACUUCGCUGCCGAAGACUCGACGCCGCCCUCGGCGGAUGAGGCAGCGUCGGUAGCCAUCUUCGGUUCCGUAUCCAUAAACGACAUCUUAGCCUUGAUACGAGAAAGGCUAUUAGAAGCAGACCCAGCGCAGGGCGGGCGUGUGGCACUCGAGGCGGACAACGUGCAGAUCCAGGGUCUGGAGGGCGAAGACCGCAUCAAGCACCUCGGUACCUUCGAGGUUCUGAUUUACGCCGGCAAAGACCUGGAGCCCUUGGUGCGGAAUGUUGAGGUCGUGCCAGAGGAGUGAAUUAGGGACGAUGUGUCAAUUAUCAUGCUAUUACCGUAAGAUAACCGGCAGAAAGCCCGCGAAAGUGGAGUAUCUACUACCUAGUAGCGAGCCAGCACGGUAUUCCUAUACGCAUGAAUUAACAUAGCACGUGUAUGAUAUACCAACCAGCUAGGGUAGCUGAGCUAACACUAGAUAUGCACAUAUGUCGACAAAUUUGGAUUCGUGUAUCAAUAUAUGCAGUGCCCAUCUUGAAGC